UCUCCAUCUUUCCUACCUCCCCGUCGAGUUGAGCGAUAAUUUCACGCGUUGCCACUGCCCGUGCCCGAGCGCGAUUACCUCCGUCCCAAAGCCAGGCGCACAACAGCAUCCCCGGAUCCGCCCCGCCGCUCCGCGCGCUGCCCCUCCGGCACAGGCGCAGGCUCGCGCCGCUCUUCCAGGCUCCGCGGAUCCGCGUGCCGACCUGCACCACGCCGGGCCGCGUCUCAGGUGUUACCGGACGCCGCGCAGGAGCUACGAGCAGAGGUACCUAGGCCUUUGUACCAAACCAAUGGAAAGUUCUAAAUCUCCUCAAUCAUCAAAGAAGAGUCAGAUUGUGCCUUCUGAUACUAAUGGCCCCCGAUUUGACAAUGAUGGUUUUUUGUCUGAAAGUGCAUCGAAUCAAAUGGUUGUUUUCAACCAUGAAGCAGUAGAUAAAGAGCAAGAUGAACUGGGAGAAAAUCGUUCCCUGUCCUUGCAGAAACCAGUCAUAACAAGGGGGAUAUCGCCAUCUAUUGGGGCAUUCACUGUCCAAUGUGCUAAGUGUUUCAAAUGGAGACUUAUUCCAACAAAAGAGAAGUACGAAGAAAUUCGUGAACGUAUUAUACAGAAACCUUUUGUAUGCAAACGAGCUCAUGAGUGGAGACCCGACGUAACAUGUGAUGACCCAGAAGACAUAUCUCAGGAUGGCAGCAGGCUUUGGGCUAUUGACAAACCCAACAUUGCACAGCCCCCUCGUGGAUGGGAAAGGCAGAUCAGAAUUAGAGGUGAAGGAGGCACCAAAUUUGCUGAUGUGUACUAUACCUCUCCUACUGGGAGGAAACUAAGGUCUCUGGUUGAAAUCGAUAGGUACCUCCAAGAGAAUCCAGAAUAUGUUGCGCAGGGCAUAACUUUAGCUCAAUUUUCGUUCCAGAUACCUAGACCUCUGCGGCAGGGCUAUGUAAAAAAGAAAGCUAAGUUAAUAAGUCCAAGUGACGAAGCAAGUACAAUUACGUCUAAGUCUCUUCAACCAGAAGAAGUGAGCCCCUUGUCCUGGGCAGCUCCUACAGCACAUGAGGGUGAAGCCAGCGAAGAAGAUUCCCGUGCUGAUGAGACACUUGGGUCAGAAGAAAUAGAGCUAACCCGGAAGAGAAAAGCGGGAAGCACUUUGUCAGGAGAGGCUAACCAUCUCUCUGACGAACCCAAACCCAAGUUAGAGGAUGCUCAGAACGGAGACACAUCUACUUGACAAGUGAAAACUGCCACGCCGUGAUGCCAACUGCCCCCUAUCCAUGGUUUUAUAUUGAUUCUCUAUUUGCUUUUCAUUGUCUGCGGGAGUCAGUUUCACUGUUUUGUGAGGCCACGCCGGCCUUACAUGCCCAGAGGCUGGCUGAACCCAAAAUCGAGAGCUUUGGAGCAGCAACUUAACAAAAUGUUGUAUCUGAGAGCCUGUCGCACUCUUUUGGAUAAGUAUGUUUAUUACCAUGUACUGAGCUAGGAGAACCUGCUUAUGUAAGAUUAGCUUUUUAUGACCUUUCUUUGUGUAAGAUGAAAAACUGUUGUAGUGACAUAGUUCUGCUGUAUAUGGGAUUUAAUCUCCUGUUCUUUA